UUCACUUCCAACGCUCCGAGUGAACAGCAGCCAGCCAAGAGAAGCAGCAACAGCAGCAGGCAGCAGGCGAUUCGACUCCGUAUUCGAAAUCUCGAAGUGUCUGCGCAAGCGCCAAAAGUUUCUGUUUCAAAAAUAAUCAACAGCUGUCUGUCUGUCUCUCCAAUACUCUAACUCCGUUUAGUUCCCGGAGUGUGCAGUGUGUGAUUAAUUUCAGGUUUUGUGGUGUCUUUGAGUAUAGUGUCAAAAAUUGCCCUCGAAAAAGUGUUUUCUAACAUAAACAAAAAAUAAAAUAUCGUGCACGUGCAUUCCAUAGUCGAUUCCGACGCGGAUUCCGUUUUGUUGUGUGUUGGUUUUUAUGCAAAUCGCUAUAAAUAUAAUUAUAUUCAGAUUCAGAUUGUUAAUCGGUUUGUGUUGAACAAAUUAUAUAAUUUUCCAUAAACAACUUCCAUUUACAAUUUAUUAUUGUCGUCCAGUGCAAGAGCGGCUGCGGCGUCAUGUCCAACACGGAGAAAGGAGGCCUUCACAGAGUCAGGGACGCUCUAUCAUGUCGCCAAGUACUCAAUCUGCUGACUAUGCUCGGCUUCAUGCUGAACUACGCCCUGAGAGUUAACCUUACAAUAGCCAUUGUGGACAUGGUGCAGCCAAAUGUCAGCGAAUCCAUCAAUAGCACCCUUGCGGGGAACAGUACAGGAAAUUCCACUGACACUGCGACUGCCACCAAUAGUUCAAACCCCGACGGAGUGGAGGUUUUUGAGGAGCGUUUCCCCUGGGAUACCUACCAGACCAAUUUCGUGCUGGGCUGCUUCUUCUGGGGAUACAUCCUCACAGAGCUGCCAGGCGGACGUCUGGCAGAGCUGAUCGGGGGACGUCGCGUUUUCGGACAUUCCAUGCUGUGGGCCAGUCUCCUCACCUUGAUUACACCGCUGGCCGCGCACAUAAACUACGUGGUCCUCAUCAUCGUGCGUGUUGUGCUCGGCUUCAUGCUGGGUGCCUCCUGGCCGGCCAUUCACCCGGUGGCUGCUGUCUGGAUUCCACCCAUGGAGCGCUCCAAGUUUAUGUCCAACAUGAUGGCUUCCUCGCUGGGUGCGGCCAUUACCAUGCCUGUCUGUGGCUACCUCAUCUCCGUUGCUGGUUGGGCCAGCGUCUUCUAUUUGACGGGCGCUGUGGGUCUGGUGUGGUCCAUCUGCUGGUUCACCUUUGUCUACGAGACCCCGGCAACCCAUCCACGCAUCACAGCCGAGGAGCGACGCGAGAUCGAGGAUGCCAUCGGCACAUCCACCUCCAAGAAGCGUCCCAGCCACGUGCCAUGGGCCCAGCUGCUCAGCUCGCCCGCCGUCUGGGCCAUCAUCAGCUGCCACGGUCUGGCCGUGUUCGGUUUCUUCACGGUGGUCAAUCAGCUGCCCACAUUCAUGUCUCAGAUCCUGCACUUUGACAUCAAGCAGAACGGUCUCUUCUCCUCGCUGCCUUAUCUGGGCAAGUAUGUGAUGGCAGUGGCCUCAUCGUAUCUGGCUGAUUACCUUCGCAAAAAGGGCACCCUGAGCACGACAGCUACAAGGAAACUGUUUACAACAUUCGCUCUGGUCACUCCUGGUCUGCUGAUGAUUGUGCAAGUCUUCCUGGGCUACGAUGCCACCUGGUCUGUGACGAUCUUCUCGCUGGCCCUGUUUGCCCAUGGAGCUGUCACUGCUGGCUAUUUAGGCAAUGGCCUUGAUAUUGCGCCAAACUUUGGUGGAACCAUCUUCGGCUUGGCCAAUACGCUGUCUUCGUUUGGCGGUUUCCUGUCCACGUGGAUGGUCGGAUCACUGACUUACUACGAUAAAUCCUUCCAUCAAUGGCAAAUUGUGUUCUGGAUACUGGCGGCCACCUAUAUCUCUGGAGCCGUGGUCUUUGCCAUCUUGGGCUCAGGCGAGCUGCAGCCCUGGAACAAUCCACCAGAGCGCAAAAAGAUCAGCGAUGUCACCCAGGAGGAGGGUGUGCCGCUCAAGAACGAGAAGUAAAUCCCGCGGCGCUACUGACUGAAUCGGAAUUGAGAAUCGCAAAAUCGGAGAAUUUUACAUUUUUGAGCAUCCUACACACAAGUUAUAGUAGUUACUACUGCACAUUUGAGAUUUACGAUGAUUUUGUUUUCCAACAUCUUAGUCAAACCCUCGGGCAGCAACGCAUUGGAACACUGAACACGGAAAAAAUAUGAUACGAAAGACAUUACUUUUAUAAAUACUUUCUCACACACCCAUACACUACCCAUACCAUUCACACAUGUCUGCUUAAAGGAAAUUGACUACUUUGAUAAGUAAUAUUUACUUUAGAGCUAGCUCCUUCAACAGGCAUCCCAUAUGUUUGCUGUGAAGCCCGCUAACUACUUCUUCUAUGUAGUACGUCUAAGCUUAAUAUUAAUAUAAAUGUAUGUGUAGCCUAAAUGAUUUAUAGUAUUCUGUAUGUCCAUGGACUGCACCGGUCCGAUAGCUGAUCAGCUGCCGCCGGGCACGAAAUGCUUUGUCUAAUUUAUAAUGUAGUCCUAAAUCUUGUUUAGCUUAAAGGAAAAAAAAUGUUUAUGCUAGUUGCUAAAUAUAAUACAACACAUACGGAUACGCGGCUAGUGUAGCUAAGUUGUGUCCAUGUACUUUACUUGAUUAUUUAUGUAAUUAAUUUAAACAAUUUCUAAGUUCAUAAUAAAGCUAAACACCCAAAAGAA